AUGCGUUGUGAUGGGACAGAGAAAAAAGGAAAUGAACUUUACAUCGAUUUUUAUAACAUAACCCCUCCCUGUACAUGUAGUGUUAUACCGUAUUAUGAAGGCGAAAUGCUAGUUUCCUCAGGAAAAAUUGGACAACCCUGUAACACAUCGAUAAAGAUAAAAGAUUCCUCCAACAAUUUUUACACUAUUAAUUGCUCACCCCAACAAUUACCUAUUGCAGUCAAUACUUGCCAAUCAGCGAUAGUAAAGCUGGAAUUUACCACAAAUAAUCAGGGAAAAUCUUACUACUGCUUGGGAUUUCAACAAAAGAUCACUGAUGUAAUAGUAGGUAGUUCAACAUUUGGAGGACUAAUAUUUUUUGCCCUAUCAAGUCUCAUAAUGGCAUGUUUGAUUCGGAGGAGAAACAAGGGAAGAAGAGAUACACCACCAACAGGGGAACUAACUACGGAGCAUGGAAAUGAUUAUGUAUUUGAUAGAAAUUUACCGGAUAACCCUUUAUAUCAUUCUAAUCAGUUUUUGGACGAGGUGGGAUACUCUACGGUACAAGAUCAAACAAUAGAUCUUCAGUCCCCAACAAUCCGGAGUGUUGACCAAGAAUCAGCAGUUUAUGCUAAACCGGUUAAAAAUAAAAUGACAACCGGAAAUGUGACAGAAAUUCCUGUGUAUGCAAUCCUUACAAAACCCAAAAAUAAACCCCUGGGCGUUUCAGACUUGGCGGUAUAUGCUCAAGUAAACAAACCACAGAGAGACAAUGAACAGAAUCCUGUUCAAAGACAGAAUCAAGAUUGCCUUGUCUAUACGGAUGUCGAUCAUAAUAGCGUUUUAGAAGGCCAAGAUUUAUAA